CAGAGGCAGGUGUUCUCGGCCCUCAGUCAGAUCAGUAAGCACUCAGUCAGCCUGGCAGAGAUGGUGGUUGAGGCUGAGAUCUUCCCUGCAGCAGUGACCUGCCUCAAAGAUCCAGAUGAGUAUGUCAAGAAGAACGUCAGCACUCUGAUGAGGGAGGUGGUGAAACACACACCAGAGCUGUCCCAGUUGAUUGUGAAUUGUGGUGGCAUAGCCGCUGUGAUCGACUAUCUGGGUGACUGCCGUGGAAACCUGCGGUUGCCAGGGAUCAUGAUGCUGGGAUAUGUGGCGGCUCACAGUGAGAACCUUGCCAUGGCUGUCAUUCUCUCCAAGGGGGUGCCACAGCUGGCCCUGUGUCUGUCCGAGGAGCAUGAGCAUCACAUCAAGGCGGCCACAGCCUGGUCCAUUGGCCAGAUAGGACAUCACACCCCUGAGCACGCAAAGGCCGUGGCCACCUCUAACCUCCUGACCAAACUGUUGGAGCUCUACAUGGACGCCAGCAGCUCAGAGGACCUGCAGGCCAAA